CCAUCACGUGACCAUUUUGAAUUUAGCCCUCGAAGUUUGUGCGUGUGAUCGUAUUAUAACUAUCACAGGUCCGCUGGUGAAACCGGCCUUAAAUCAGACAUGGAGAAGGAUCCGGCGGGUGUUCAGACUCAGAGGAGCUGCCGUUUCAACCCUGUGGAGAGAGUGAUCCCGUCAUCAGGGAAUGGACCUCAGGAAGAGCAUGAUGCCCGACAUCAAGAGCAGCCUGGAAAUGUUCAGGCCAUGUACUGUUUGGAACUUGUCUCAGGAGGAGACACAGAGUUCUCCUUUGAGGAGCUGCGUGCCCAGCGCUAUUUUAAACAGCUAAAUGAAAAAGUCCUAAAACUGACCCAAGUUAAACAGGAUCUGAAAGCUCAGAUUGAGCACAAACAGAAACUUAUCCAAGAGAGAAAUGGCACAAACCAACAUCAGAUGCCUGAAGUUAGAAGUGUUUCUGUUGGUUCGAUUGAGUCGGCGGCGCCAAAGAUUUAUAGUGAGCCUGAAGUGUCAAGCAACGGUGCGAUGAAAAACAAUAUUAUAAGGAAAGACGAAGACAUAGGAAAAAGUAGAAAUUCCUUCAAACAAAAUAGUUCCCAAGUAUCAAAACCUUUUACUGUGUACGAGAGACCAAAAACAAGGUCCUUUUCAGCUAGUCAUAAGGCUUUGACGCUGCCCACGCCCAUUCUGAAAUCUAGACAGCGUGUAUCAGAAGGUCCCAGUGACAAAGAUGCCUCUAUCUCUUGCUCUGAGGAGGCUAUCAUUAAUGGCCACUGGAAUAAGACCCUUUGUAAAAGUCCAGAUGACACUUAUGAUUUUGCUCACGCUGCUCAACUGGCCUCUACUCCGUUUGGGGGAACUGUAAGACAAAACACCUCUGAAGGAGGCUUAACAGAGGACUCUAAAGCCCUCAACAAAACUGCCUCUGUGAUCUUCAAAGAGCCAAAAUCUGAUGUCAUAGCUGAACCAAAGAAGCUAAGCCCGAUUGAAGAAAUCAGCCAUGAUUGGAGUAAUAACACCUAUUCUGCAGAGCCUGAAGCACAGGGAAGAGCCACAGCCUCAGAGAAUACAAAGGUUGAUCAAUCUACUUCAAGAAGGACAGAAACAACUCCUGUUCUUGAGGUCAAUCCCUGUAGCCUGACUGUGAGACAAGCACUGCUUGCAAACUUGGACCUGGGUGAGUUUGUCUGCUUCAACAGAAAGGCUGGACCUCUGCCAGAGCCUAAAGAUGACCUACAUCUUGAUGGUGAAACAUUGUUCUUUCGCGAAAAAAAGGGAGACCUGGACAAAUAUGUAUAUUGUUCGAGUGGUGGUAAUGUGCUUGUUAAGGUGGAUGAAUCUGCAGUACCCUGGGAUUUCUACAUUAGCUCCCAACUGAGAGCCAGGCUGCCUUCCAAGCUUCAGCAUUGUCAUGCUCAAAGCACCUGCUACCUCUAUGAGAACGGCUCUUUCACAGUCUGGAAGGUUCCUCAGGGGAAGACUAUUCAGGACCUAUUAGAGGAGGGUCUAGAUAGACGGGAAGUUCCACUUUUGGCUGUCCAAUUGCUGGAAAUGGUGAAACAGAUGCAUUCAUGUCGACUCGUUCAUGGAGCUUUGAGGACAGAUGAGCUAAUGCUGUGCAAUAGCUGUGAAGACAGUGUUGUUAUAGGGACAGAUUUCUCCAGCUCAUUGGAUCUUGAGCUACAGCCUGAGGUGAAAACAGUGCAAGCCCUUCCAUCUGCUCAGAAGUACAUUAGCCAAGGCUUAAUGUUGCCCACUGCCUCUCCUUACCAGGUUGAUCUGUGCGGCAUUGCAGAAAUAGUGCAUUUGUUAUUGGUUGGAAAUAACAUGAAGUUUGUUAAGGAAGACUGUUACUGGAGAUUGGCAGAUGACAUUGGAUGCAACAUCAGUGAACCCCUUGGUCUCAUGUGGGAAGAUUUUUUCCAUAACCUACUGAAUCCAGAGGACAAGCCAACAGAGUGUGUUUUGUCCAACCUCAUCAACAAACUAAAGAAUUCUCUCUUUGAAGACUUGGAGUGUCCUUUUUCUCUGUAAUCUGUGGUGUCUGUCUGUUUUUCUUUGCUCUUUUUUACUUUUUCUGUCAAAAAUAUAUUCUUUUGUCUCCUCAUGCAUUGUUAAACUUCUGAUCAAAAGAGUUUCUUAUGUAUUAAUUUUUAUGAAUACUUCAUAGCAAGUUGGCAAACAAUAUACAGUUACACUAAUGCUUAAUGAUUUUUAAGUAAGCUUUUUGUUUUAAAUUGAUAUUUUACUGUGUGCUGAAUGAAUUCUUUUAAUAAUGUUCAUUAAGAUGUGGCAUACUUAAAACGCUCAUUUCCCUUUUUUGGAAGAUUUUUAUUACUUUUUUUUUUUUUAGAAAUGUAAAAGUGUUAGGACAGAAUACGUUUUUGAUAUUCACUAUUUAUUGGAUCUAUAAAACGUGGAGUCGUAUGAGAAUUGAUCAUCAAGAUAUAAAUAAAUUUUAUGUAGAGGGAAUUAAUCAUUCCAGAGAAGAUAGUUCCACUGCUCUACAGCUCAGUGCUGGGGGAUUUAUACCACUCCAGCACAUGGCUGCUGUUGGAUAUGGUGCAAACAGGUUCAUGUUAAUCUGUUUAAGAGAGUACUGUUUGCAGUAUGCACAGUGAGUGCAACUUAAAGUAGCAAAAUACUAUGCUAUAUUUAUUACAAAGGAUUGUUUUAUGAAUAGUAUUUUUAAAAUACAUGUCCAGCUAUAAAAGGCAAAUUAAUAAAGUACUUUUUAGAAGUGGUAUAUGUUACAGAAUGUCUUUGAGUUCAUACUGUAUGCAUUUGUUUCAUAUACAAUGUGAUCCUACAUUCCUGUAAAUAAAUAAAAAACAUGAGAAAACAUGA